AUGCCCCAGGCUGGAUAUUCCUCAGACGACUUCACAGCAGAACUCGAUGCUAUUGAGGAUACUGAGUCCAAAUCUGGAAAUGAUGAGCAAGACAACGAGUUUGAUGCCUGGAGCGAUCUUGACACCCUGAGGAUGGUCUUGACAAUGCCUCAGCCUGAUGCGCCCAUGCACAAAGUCCGCAGGGCACUAGAAGUGGCACAACAAGCAUAUACUGCUGUUUGGUCUGAGUUGCGCGCUCUCAAGAAAGACCACGCUAUGCUCCAGGCUGCUGUCCCUGCAUGCAGCCGAAACCGAGUCCUUAAGAAGACAUCAACCAUCGACAAUGACAUCGCCCGUGCGGGCAAGAUGUAUGCCAUGCUCAACUACUUUUGGGUCAUGAGCGGGCUCUUUCCAACAAAACCCCAGCCAGACAUUGAUCCACGCAGUGACACGUGUUGGUCUUCACCUGAAGCGAAACUCAAUGGUGCGAUGGCUGAGCUUUAUCAGUGCAUACCCAAGGCUUUGCAUAAACCAAUGGAGACCUACCCACAGUUUGGAUCAGCGUUUCGUGCUGCGGUUAAUUCCAAGAGGUCAAACAUACUGCAUAGUCUCAAGGACUGCGCUGGUUUGAUCUUCUCUUCAUUAAAACUCAACCCGACCGUCUUCACUGACGAGGCUGCUAAAAAGAAGGAGAAUGCGCAACUCCUUGCUCUCUUAAAGAAGGAUGUUGGUGGCAAAAAGUAUACACAUCUAGCCCCCAUUCUGUUCAUGGAUCCUUCUGCUCUAGUUCCAGAUGCCUUCCUCAAAACACCAGUCAUGGCCAAGAUCAUCCGAGUUGAAAUAUUCGGGAAGGCUUCACUGUCUGGGAAGACCAAAGGUCAUCCGAAGGCCAGGGGUCAGCGUUGGUCUAUGCAGUGUGUCACAGAAGGUCUGAUCGCAGGUGCUGCUAUUGUGGCGCGUUUCUUCCACGAAAUUGAUUAUGCACAAGACUUUGAUUUUUACUUAGAGCAACUAUUCAAGCGCAGCCCAUGGGCUACGAGUGUGAUCAACUAUUACAACCAGGAGGUUUUCAGCAUGAGCUCAGUCCUAGCUACUAGUGGUACCCCUACUCCACCCUCUGCCUCCCAACCUCACACCUGGGAAGACGACUUCUUACAGCAGUUAGAAGAUCCUGCCUCCGCACCACAAACCAUCCCCAUUCCUGCACCACAACUUCUGUCAUCUUCACACAUCACUUAUGCUCCAACUUCUGCGAGUCGUGCUGACAUGAAUGCAGUCGCCACUGUCAACUACCAGACUGCAAUGUCUAUCAGCAAUCCGGGAGGGCCCGCCACCACCACUCAGCUCCAACUCGAAGUUGACAUUGGUGAGCUCUCACUGGAUGGCGCUAGAACUGACUUGGCGCCAUCUGCAUCCAGGGGUGGUAGGGUGUCUGUGGCUCAACAUCGAGUUACCGCUCAGGCUGUUCAGACUCUGGUGGACUCGGACAUGGUCCCUGUUGUUCCUUUGGCUCCUCCUCCAGCACUCAAGCGUGUUACACGCAAUGGUGGUGCCAAACCGAGGAAGGUGUCGGGGAGGAAGUAA